AAUUUUUAACUCCGUCUAUUUUCUUUUUCUGUAUUUUUCCUCUCUCUCUCUCUCUCUCUUUUUCUCGUCAGCAUAAAUACACACACUUUUCGCACACACAUUGUCAUUCAUUCAGAUUCGUCGCAGAGAGAGAAACUUGUGAAUCGGAUUGAAUUUCAAAAGCUAGAGAGAGAGAGAGAGUGCGUGUGUUUCAGUGUUUGGGAGCAGAGAGAAUGGCGAGUAGGAAGUUUCUGGUGGAGGUGGAAAAGGCCAAAGAAGCCAAGGAUGGGAGGCCUUCCCUUGGACCUGUAUAUCGGAGCAUCUUCGCUAAGGAUGGUCUUCCGCCUCUGAUUGAAGGAUUUGAUAGUUGUUGGGAUGUUUUCCGCGUGUCCGUGGAGAGAAAUCCUAACAACCCCAUGCUUGGUCGUCGUGAGAUUGUGAAUGGGAAGGCUGGUAAAUAUAUUUGGAAAACUUAUAAAGAAGUUUAUGACUUGGUGGUAAAAGUUGGAAACUCGAUGCGCACUUGUGGUUAUGGGGAAGGACAAAAAUGUGGUAUUUAUGGUGCCAAUUGCACAGAAUGGAUUGUAAGCAUGGAGGCUUGCAAUGCUCAUGGACUAUAUUGUGUUCCUUUGUACGACACCUUAGGUGCCCAUGCUGUGGAAUUCAUCAUAAACCAUGCCGAGGUUUCAAUUGCUUUUUCAGAAGAAAAGAAGAUUCCUGAGCUGUUGAAAACAUUGCCUAGCACAACAAAAUAUCUGAAAACACUUGUGAGCUUUGGCAACGUUACACCAGAACAAAGGGAAGCAGUUGAAAAGUUUGGGUUGGCAAUAUUUUCUUGGGAAGAGUUUUUGCAACUGGGUGAUGGUAAAAGCUUUGACCUUCCAGUGAAAAAGAAAAGUGAUAUCUGUACUAUAAUGUAUACUAGUGGAACAACUGGUGAUCCCAAGGGAGUAAUGAUAUCCAACGAAAGCAUCCUUUGUCUUUUGACUGGAGUGAAGCGUUUUCUAGAGAGUGUAAAUGAAAAGUUGCAUGAGAAUGAUGUAUAUAUCUCAUAUCUACCUCUUGCGCAUAUUUUCGAUCGUGUGAUUGAGGAGUUAUUUAUUUUGCAUGGUGCCCGAAUCGGGUUCUGGCGUGGGGAUGUCAAGUUAUUAGUUGAAGAUCUUGGGGAGCUCAAACCAAGUAUAUUCUGUGCAGUUCCCCGUGUGCUGGAACGAAUCCACUCAGGCUUGACGCAGAAGAUUUCUUCAGGGGGCUUCUUGAAAAAGACAAUGUUCAAUUUUGCUUACUCAUACAAGUACAGUAACUUGGUAAAGGGGCGAAAGCAUGAAGAUGCAGCUCCAUUGCUUGACAAAAUUGUAUUUAAUAAGGUAAAGCAAGGAUUGGGAGGUAAUGUAAGGCUUAUUCUGUCUGGAGCUGCACCUCUUUCUACUCAUGUAGAAGCUUUCUUAAGAGUGGUGUCCUGUGCUCAUGUUUUGCAAGGAUAUGGUCUGACAGAAACUUGUGCUGGAACAUUUGUUUCACUACCACACGAAAUGUCAAUGCUUGGUACUGUGGGUCCUCCGGUACCAAAUGUUGAGGUCUGCCUGGAGUCCGUUCCUGAAAUGGGGUAUGAUGCCCUUGCAGCCACACCACGUGGAGAAAUAUGUGUAAGGGGAGCCACCUUGUUUUCUGGGUACUAUAAACGUGAAGACCUAACCAGGGAGGUCAUGAUUGAUGGGUGGUUCCAUACAGGUGAUGUUGGUGAGUGGCAAGCAGAUGGAAGCUUGAAAAUCAUUGAUCGUAAAAAGAAUAUUUUCAAGCUUUCACAAGGAGAAUAUGUUGCAGUUGAGAACUUGGAGAAUAUUUAUGCUGUUGCUUCUAGUAUUGAUUCGAUAUGGGUUUAUGGGAACAGCUUUGAGUCAUUCCUUGUUGCUGUUGCCAACCCUAACAAGCAGGCCCUUGAACAAUGGACUGAAGAAAAUGGAAUAUCUGGUGAUUUCAAAUCUCUUUGUGAAAAUCCAAAAGCAAAGGAAUAUAUACUUGGAGAGCUCAGCAAAAUUGGCAAGGAGAAAAAGUUGAAAGGUUUUGAGAUUAUAAAAGCUAUUCACCUUGACCCGCAGCCAUUCGACAUGGAGCGUGACCUCAUAACUCCAACAUAUAAGUUGAAGAGACCCCAAUUGCUAAAAUAUUAUCAGGAUGCGAUCGAUCACAUGUACAAGAGUGCAACCAAGCCCAGCGCCUGAAAAUGAUAUAAAAGCAAGGAGGGCCCCUGAGGAGGUUUUCUUGCCCUUUGGAAAUACAAUUUCUAGAAUAACUUUUUUUUUUCUUUUUUUUCUUUAUUUUUUUGCUUCAAUGUUUUUUUUCUUUUUUUAAUUUUGUUUGGACUGUACAUAGAGGAUUAUUUCAUAGCAUUUUACAGGGCAAGGCCUUUGCCUAAGUGCCCAAGGACGCAAAAUGAUAAAACCUUUUAUUAGAUAUAUAUAACUAAUAUUUAUUUGUCCUUA